AUGGCUGUUCUCAAUCGAACAGUGUUUGAUAUUCCAUUAACAUGGAAUCGAAUUCGAUUUGAAUCAACACGUAAUAAAUGUCGUAUUGCUCGUAAACUUAUUGAUUUUAGUAUUAAUGUACAAUUUGAAAAACAAAUACGAGGUAUAUUUUCUCAUAAUAUUGAAAUUGACGAAAAUAUAAAUGAUAUCAAUGAACGUUUAUUAAAAUACCACGAUAAAUUACGUGUACUUGAUAAUAUGAUUGAAUUAGCUUCACAAUCACUUAGAAUUUAUUUUGAUCGAAGAAUGGAAAAUGCACGUGCUAUUGUUAAUGAACAUUGUAAUAUAAUUCAACAGAUUAUUCAUGAAGAAGCUGACCAUUGGAAAGAAAUUCAUUCUAUUAUGGAUCAAAAUUUAAUUAAUCCCGGUGAUAUUCGUUCUCGAGAUAAUUUUCCACGAGUAAUUCAAAAAAGUCCAGCAUCAAAUAUUGAAACAAUAGAAGAAGAGGAUGAUAAUGAUGAUGAUGACAAAGGAGAACUUGUAACAAAAUUAUUGAAUGGUAAAACAUUAACACCAUUACUUACUCAAAUGAUUCGAAAAUCUCGAAUUCAAUCAAAACGUCUCACAAUAGUUCCAUCAAUAAAAAUAACUGCUCCUAACCAACAAGAAUAUUCAAUACCUAGAAAAGAAGAACGAUUUACUACGCAUCUUAUCCCACUUAGUAUAGUUCGUCAACCUUUACAAAUUAUUGAUACAACAUUUGUUGUUAAACCUGAAGAAACGAUGAUUGAUGGUGAAAUACAGAAUAAUGAUGAAGAAGAAGAUGAUAAUGAUGAACCAAAUGGAACUUAUCGAGCUCCUAAUCAAUAUUGUCAUUCACAUUUAUGCAUAAAUCAACCUGAAACAUUAUUAAUUGAUUCUCAACGAAAUAUACCUGCACGCUUAUGUUUUUCACCAACAAUUCUUCAAGAUUUAACUGAUUUACCUGAAGAUGAUACUCAUGAACAAUCAUCAUCAUCACCACCAUCUAGUAAGAAUGAAAAAAAUGAAGAAUCA